AUGCCCCCGGGGCUCCCCCGGUUCGCUUGGGGGACAAACAUUGAAGCCGCCGCGGCCAUCUGCCGGCCGCUGCUGCUGCGGCUGGUUCCCGCGAUCCUCGACGUGGCGUCGACCGCCGGGCGCACCCGCCGCUGGCAGCGCCUCGUCUCGUGGCGCUGGCAGCGCGCCGGCCGCCGCGACGAGGAAGGGGCCGAGGCAGGCGCAGGCGCAGGCGCAGGCGCGGCCCCCGCUUCGGCGCCCAUCGACCGGAUCGUGCUCGUGGGCGGCGCGACGCGCAUGCCGUGCAUCGGCCGUUUUCUCCGCCGCAUGACAGGCCUCAAGGUCAAGCCGUCCCUCCAGCCCGAGGAGCGAGGGCGCGGCGCGGAGGCUGUCGCCCUCGGCGCGGCCAUACAGUCCGACAUCCUCGCGGGCGGCAGCGACCUCGGCUUGCGCGUCAUCAACCCCUUCUUCCAGGUGCCACCGCCGGCCACCGGCCGCAAGAAGGCGGCGGCGAAGAGCUAG